CAGGGGUCCCUCAAACAUCUGGGCUGUCAUCCUUCGGAGAGACUGGAACUGAGACACAAGGAGAGACCUAGUGAUGUGGGAGAGUUAGGAGAAGAAGCAGUGAUUUCAAAUGCAUUCCCCUCACACGGAAGAAGGGCAGGGGGAAAGCCAUGCAGGUGUGGGCGUGGCACUUGAGCAGCCUCUCCCAUGGGCACCCAGUGGUUAAUGCACAAUGGUUGGCACGUCUCCCAGGGAGGCCAUCCCCUUCUGCUACCCCUUUCAUGGCAAAUGCUGAAACAUGGUUGAAGACUCCUCUCAAGUGUCUCCUCUUCCAGGAAGCCUUCAGUCAGGAACAGGUGCCCCUUCUGGCUCCUCCUAGCCUGAAAGCCAACAUGAAAUCUCCCUGGGCUGAGCUGAGUCGUCAUAUUUUGUUGUUGUUGUUGCUGUUGUUUUACUAUGCCUCUGAGACAAGUUCAAAGUCAUGCUUUUGAUCAAGACCAGAAAAUAUACUACUUUGACUCCAUCAGCAUCUUUGUCUCACCACACCCAGAAUCUGCCUGUCCCCUGAAGGAAGCUCCAACAGCUGUCAAGCCUGAGCAUCCAGACCGUAAAGCAAAGAGAAAUGGGCCGGGAGGAAUGGAGUGACAAGGCGGGGCCCAUUUGCCUAGAGGUGCUUUGGGCUGCCUGGUCACAGAGGGUGACUCAUUCCCCCAGACAGGAGGGGAGUGGCACCAGGGGACCAUUGGGCUGGGCAGGGAGCCUUUGUGGUGAGAGCCUGUCCCUGCCUUAAGUGCCUGCCUACUGGACCCCGGGAGCCUGGGCUGGGGCCUGGGCACUGCUUCCUCCUUGGCCCCUCAGGCCCUUGGAAGCAGAGAGAGAACUUCUUGCAGAUCCCAGGCUCGUCCCCAGCACAGCAGACAGCAGGAAGGUGGCCAGAGCCUCACUGAGCCGAACCGACGGCUGCCCACCCACCCAGGCUGGAGCCAUGGAUAAAUUCCGCAUGCUCUUCCAGCACUUCCAGUCAAGCUCGGAGUCGGUGAUGAAUGGCAUCUGCCUGCUGCUGGCUGCGGUCACCGUCAAGCUGUACUCCUCCUUUGACUUCAACUGUCCCUGCCUGGUGCACUACAAUGCGCUCUACGGCCUGGGCCUGCUGCUCACGCCCCCGCUCGCCCUGUUUCUCUGCGGCCUCCUCGCCAACCGGCAGUCUGUGGUGAUGGUCGAGGAGUGGCGCCGGCCCGCAGGGCACCGGAGGAAGGACCCAGGCAUCAUCAGGUACAUGUGCUCCUCUGUGCUGCAGAGGGCACUGGCCGCCCCCCUGGUCUGGAUCCUGCUGGCCCUCCUUGACGGGAAGUGCUUCGUGUGUGCCUUCAGCAGCUCUGUGGACCCUGAGAAGUUUCUGGACUUUGCCAACAUGACCCCCAGCCAGGUACAGCUCUUCCUGGCCAAGGUUCCCUGCAAGGAGGAUGAGCUGGUCAGGGAUAGCCCUGCUCGGAAGGCAGUGUCUCGCUACCUGCGGUGCCUGUCACAGGCCAUCGGCUGGAGCGUCACCCUGCUGCUGAUCAUCGCGGCCUUCCUGGCCCGCUGCCUGAGGCCCUGCUUCGACCAGACAGUCUUCCUGCAGCGCAGAUACUGGAGCAACUACGUGGACCUGGAGCAGAAGCUCUUCGACGAGACCUGCUGUGAGCAUGCGCGGGACUUCGCGCACCGCUGCGUGCUGCACUUCUUCGCCAGCAUGCAGAGUGAGCUGCAGGCGCGGGGGCUGCGCCGGGACAAUGCAGGCAGGAGCCUCGAGCCCCCCGCAGUGCCUGAGCCCCCAGAAGGCCUGGACAGUGGAAGUGGGAAGGCCCACCUGCGCGCAAUCUCCAGCCGGAAGCAGGUGGACCGCCUCCUAAGCACCUGGUACUCCAGCAAGCCGCCGCUGGACCUCGCUGCAUCCCCCGGGCUCUGCGGGGGUGGCCUUAGCCACCGCGCCCCUACCUUGGCACUGGGCACGAGGCUGUCACAACACACCGACGUGUAGGGUCCUGGCCAGGCUUGAAGCGGCAGUGUUCGCAGGUGAAAUGCCGCGCUGACAAAGGUCUGGAGUCUUUCCAGGCCGUGGGGACCCCACGGCAGGCACCCUAAGUCUGGUUAGCCUCCUUUUUAAAGUAGCCCAAUCUCUGCCUAGUUUCUGGGUGUGGCUUCCAGCGUGCUUCACAAACUUUAAUGUGGACUCGGUUCACCGAGGGCCUUGUUAAAUACAGGUUCAGACAGUGUAGCCAGGACCGAGUCUGAGAUUCUGCAUUUUAAACAAGCUCCUGGAGGCUGAUGUGCUUUUGGUCAGUGAACCAAACUUUGAGUAGCAAGAAUCUAAAUAAAUCUGCCAUGGGUUCUGGGUUCUAGAUGUCAAUUCUAAAUAAUAAUAAUGACCUUAGUCUGCUGCCUGGAUA